AUGAGAAGUGGGGUGAGUCGCCUCGCAAAAAUAACAAAUGACUGCACAGAACAGAAAAAUUUGAAGAGAAUGUGGCGAAGAAAAUACCCAGAAAAGAAUAGCAGUAAUCUGUCAGAACUUUUACAUCCAGUAAACUUUAGAGGCGUGUGAAAAGAGGAUGAAAAUAGGGGAAAACUUUGACCGGUGGCUAUUUUAUCGGAAAAAUGACAGGGAGUCAUUACUAUGUCCAGAUCGGACGAUAUUAAUUGCAGAUAUUAGGAGGCACUAGUAGCUUGCUAAUGCAUAGAAGGAACGGCACUCAAACAUCAUACCAAUUUUACAACGGCGUGCGCUAUGUUGGAUGUCAAAAAAUCAGGGUUCCUGUGUGUUCUCAUGCCUAGGUAGGGAAUACUUCGGUCAUUUCUUGCACGGAUCGCAAAUGCGUUGCAGACCUACGCGGUAGUUGAGACGAUGUUUGUGUGUGUUCCCUCGGUCACAUAUUCGAGGGGGUUAAAAAAGGGGUAAAACCCACGUAGAAUGUCUUGUUGCUCAGUCUAUUUGCCACAAUAAGGCACAUACGCUAAUGCUUCUGCUGUAGGAUUGGGUAUUCGGGCCUGCCUGGAAGCUCGUAAGUGCUUAAAUUCGAAAUGUGGCGAAAAAAUUAACUGCCAGGUGUGAAAUUUUUCAAAACCCCUUCGUCUCCCUGAGUAGUUUAUUGACCAUACUGAGAAGCGACAUUCGAUAUGCGGUUGAAUAACUGUCUUACCCAAUAUGCAAGAUUUUUGGUGUUUUGAGUUAUAAAUGCCUCUAAAUAGGAAAGACAUAAACAGGCACGUAACAAACUCGAUAUAUCUGGAUGUAAAAUAGGAAGAGCAAAAGUGAAAUUAUUAUGGGUCAGUGCAGACUAGGCAUUCAAAGGCGUUUGAAUUCAUUGACGAACCCAACACCAGUUUGUUUUAACCCUCGGCUGUCAUUCCACCAAGGUCACUCACCACUCAAAAUUCCUUGAACGCUUUGGGAAGAUGAUGGACUUUUUCGUGGAAUUUGACUUCAAACUUAGAACUUUUCUUCCCAAUUUAGACUAAAACGUAAGUGUCGACCGUAUUGUCACGGUUUUUAAGGCAAUCAAGUUUUAAGGUAAUUUUUACUGUUCCAAGUUCUUAAUUAAUGCGGUCAAAAAUCCACCAUCGCAAUUAUUGGAGAGGGAGUCUAGGAACAAUAUGCUAGACGCCUGUGGUUGUAUUUACAUAUAUUAAUACAAACUUAGGCGAUUGGUUAACUAGUUUAUUUUAUGCUUAGAAGUGUGUAAGACUCGCUGAUUUUUCUGAAAUGUUGGCCGCUUUUUCCGCCAACUAACACAUGUUUAAUAAUAUUCACCCAUGUCUGAGAAAAGACCACUGAAGCAUUUUAGACAGAUAAUGCAUAUUCGAUGACAGACCGCCUAUAUAUGCAGUCCUACGUGUACGUUUGUGUUUUGUCGACUGAAAAUAUUUAGCUAAAGACGUCUUUAACUAAACCUUUCUGACGUAUGUCCUAAAGCACAGAAUUCGGACACCCCUGUGCCGAUAAUUUUUUCGCCAUAAAUCUCCAUGAUUUCUUGUUCCGAGAAUGAUAUAUGGGGUUUUUAAGCGUGUGUGACUAAUAUUCGUUCAGUGGUUGAUAUAUUAACCACUGAACGAAUGCGUUAACACAAGAUUCAUUUAGUGAUAUAUAUAUAUAUAUAUAUAUAUAUAUAUAUAUAUAUACGUAUAUAUAUGCGUAUAUAUAUAUAUAUAUAUAUAUCAAUAAGUCAAUUUUUUGUAAUGCAUAUGGGGCAUUUACUCAUUAAUAUACUAAUAGUUCCUCGCAUCGUCGACAGGAGUAAUUGGAAAUUCCACUUAUAAAACCUCAUUCAAAAUACAUUUGAAUUUAAUGGCAGUUAUUAUGAAGUUGGGGUAAUUUAUGAAUCGAUGUUUGUGGAAGAUGCCCAAUAAAAUAGGAACUGUCAUUUAUUUUUCGCGGGAAAGUCCAAGUUUUAGUGGUACAGAGAAGCAUUUCGCAACAAACUGGACAUAUCUUACGAGUUUGGCGUUGAGCAUUUUAAUAUUAAGAUUGUUGCAAAUAUUAUCUUUGAAGCUAUCAAUGAUAUAUAGGCGGUUAUGUAAACAAUAGUGGCUCAUUAUACGCUACUCAUGUUUUGAAUGGAUUCAUCCAGUUUCACUGACUUUGAGACACUUGAAAACUGACUUGCGCCAAUAUUUUAUUAGUUACGUCUCCAUUGGAAUACUCUGCCUGAGUGUUUGUACAUCGCAACUAAGAAAUGCCAGACCGGUUGUUUUAUUUUCCGUGUCAGAUUCAGAUAUACUGCACUAAUCUGUAUAGUCACAUGCAAAUUAUUUUUGCCUUACAAACUAAUUGCAUGAAAUAUAUAAACCAAACAAAUCCGACAGAUUUUCUGUUUGCUGACUGUGUGUGCCCUGAAAUAAGAGUUAAUGAAUUUUGCGGUGAACUAUCACGAAAGUUUUUAUGACAAAUUCCCAAGCCACAGUGUUUUGAAAUCCGAAACAAGAUUAUAAAAAGUGAGUUAGUUGAAAUAUUUAAGCAUAUAAAUUUCAAGAGAUAGUUGCUUUCGUAGAAUGUGCAAUAACACCGAAAUAAUCUAAGACAAAAAGUAUAAGUUCUGUGGCUUUUUGUGAGGGCCAAAAAUUUGAGAACAUAUUUCCAAGUUGUACAAAGCAGACCAGCCAAAAUAGCUAUGGGAUAGGCCACCACCGACAUCAACAAUAUUUAACGAAGUAAAUUAUCAAGUUUCACAGCAGAGAUAGUCCGUCUAUUACCCAGUCGUUGUAACCGUUCCUUCUCCCGUUGAUAUGGCGCGAAUGGUCGUGGGCAGUAUGCUUAGCUGCGUCGUAGCUAAUUUCCAAUACAUUGUCCACUUUUCUGUCCUCCUUUGAAUAAUACUAAUAAAAAUAGUGAUAAUAAAAAUGUGUAGUGACCACAUAAAUGUGCAAGCCAAAAUGGAAAUCUGCGUACAUUUCGGGACGUUAUUCCUGUGUGCAGGUUUUGCUAACACAGCUUGUCCGGAUGAGCUCAAAGGUGUACCUGCGUCCGUAUCGACGACUCCGUGGAAUAUUUUGAAUAUUAAUGAGUGGGAAGGUUGAGCCACUCUCAGCGAUCUGCACACCAACGGUUCUGACGAGAGUCAACAAGCUUCGUUGUUCAGGGCCGUAGUUCUUCCAAAAAGUCAAUGUCAUGAACGAGACACGGGGAUCACGCGUAUGAGCAGUACUCCACUGAGUGCCGCCACUGAAUGCGCAGUCAGCCGCAAUAACUCUAAUUACCGAAUUCUUUUCAUCGUUUGCUGAUGAUUAUAAAUGGGGCAACUAAUGCAGAAAAUUGGCUGAUGGAGAACAUUUGAAGGUCGCAGUUGAACGUCUAAUUUAAAGUGUCUCUCUCGUCUCAUGCCUUCGACGAAAAAGGCAUAUUCAGUGCUGACACACCGUGCGUCCAUCAAAUACUAGGAGUUCAUUUAUUGAAUGUUAUUAUUGCUUAUGAGUCUUUCGAAUCGUCCCCGGAUCUAUAUAACCCUCGUUCGCAGGUGUUUACUAAUAAAGUGUCAUGUGCCGUGACAUCUUUAGGUCAUCUGAUCUGACGUCAUCUUACUGUUUCAAGUUGGUAAACGACUCCAGUCUCCGGACAUCUUCGAAAUUGGGUAAUUUUCCCCGGUACACUGUUAUUACUUUUUUACAUAUUGCUUUUUCAAAGCUAACUCCUUAUUUCCUCAGAACGUAUCUACGAAGUUGGAGUAGAUCAGUUUAUUCAAGGUCUAUAGGCUCAAACCGAGAAUUUUAUACAUUAAUAUUUCGGCCAAAGUCCAUCAGCCACAGCGGAUAACCGCGUAAUAUUCAUUAACUGCCGACAGGAAGUUAGAAGUAUACUUUGGGGUAAGAUGAUACCUUACAAACAACACAGGUACUAGCUAAAAGCCCAUAUGCACGUGUUUAGCCGAUAUACUGCCGCUACAUGGCGCAGCUGCGAGGGUUUGGUCUCGUCAGUGGGUUCCCCAGCAUUCCCCGUCUGUUUUCUAGUAGAUACUCUAAUUUAGGAAUUGUCGCUCUUUUGUUUCCUCAAAAAUUAUCUACGAACUUGGAAUAGAUUAGUUUAUUCAGCUUUUCAAUUAUGGAAUAUUAAGAAGCGAAGCACAUAUAGAAGCAUACAUCAGAGAUAACUUUAGAAAUUUCAUAAACCUAAAAACGAAUGAGAUCAAGUUAAUGCAUGUUCUGUCUUUUUGGUACCCGCUUCAUUUUGUUCUUAAGAGUCUAAGAAAAUUACCCGACUGGUCAGUAGUAUUUAAUAAAAGUUUCUUUAUAUUAGGGCGUCUGACUGAAGUUGGUCCUUUAUGUGAAGAAAUAUACGUUUGCGACAGAAACGUAUUUGGGGACUUCAUUUGUUUCUAACAUGGCACACUGCCUGAAGUUACUACCACACUGUAUUUUGUCCGAAAACUUGCGACUGGUCUGAUUAUUUCGUAGACUCGUAGAAGCCACAGGGUUCUUAGUCCUCGUAAUGCACCGAUCACUUAACAUUAUAAUUCUUCUAUUUCCGUUAGAGAAUGGAAAAUACUGAAAACAACGGUAUAUCUAAAACAUUAUGCCACAGAAACAGGGCCGUUGUAAGUGGAAUGUUUUUUUUACCGAAGAGCGUUGAAGGCAGCAGCAAAUGUAAGUUAUUUUUUUUAUAAAAAAACUAAUAAGGGCUUGGAGCUGCUCAAAGGAAGUAAUUAAGUUAGCUGAUUUUGGUCGAUCGAACGGUCCUGUGCCAUCUAAGGAACUGAUGCAGUCGGUACUGCUGCGUCGCAUUGAAUACCCCCCUGAUCCUACAGACCACAGCGACGUUUGAUGUUCGGGCCUUCUUCGACCCUUUUUCCGUAGAGGAUUUUAUCCUUUACAAACUGCGUGAAAACGGGGAAGUCCCUUUUAUCUUGCUUUUUUUCAAAAUGUGACCAAUGUAGUUUUUCUCAAAACAGUCAGCCGUUCAAAUCGAUUUAGUUGAAUAUGGCAUGUGACCCCCAAUUGGCAGAGACACUAAAAAUAAAAAAAAACAAAUUUUCUGCCACUUACAGAAGGUGUAACUUCGAACAGUCAACGGCAUACACUAGCGCAGUUUUCUUUGAUGUUCGCCUGCAAAAUCUGUUUUAGUACGAAGUCGAACGAAAGCCCUUGGGAAUUUGGAUAUUGGACGAAUUUAUUCACACGGUUCGCCCCCUACAACUUCCAUUUUUAAGUAAUGUCGUGGAAAAUCUUUCUUUAGGCUCACGGCAUCCGGAAUAAAACCAAUUAAUUUGUCUUUUUAAAAUCCUUUGGCAUUUAUACGACCUGCAAGAUGUUUCGCAGUUAUUCACGUCUUACCGUUCGCUUUCGUAUGGCAACGGAAACGAGUGCAUUAAGUAAAAAAUAAAUGAAAGGCAAAUUUUCAAAAUUACGAAGUUUAAGUAAUGGGUUGAGGUCGUGGGAAGUAAUUAGUGUCAGCAGUGUAAUGUCUACAAUGGGCUGCAAAUGGAUGCCAAAAUAAAACCCCGUAUGACACGAUCGACUGUCUACGGACAGUUAAAUGGGGUCCUCCAUCCUACAAUUUCUGGAGGAGAUUCCUGCUACCUUUAUCAUUAGCAGACCCUGUAUCCAGAAGACAACCGAUCCCACUUUACAGCAGUACUGUCUCCGUUGAUGCGACUGCAUUCGACGUAGCUCAGACCCGAUUUUGCCCAAACUAAUCCCUACAAUAGGUUCAAAUGUACCCGUUACAUGAUUUUGCGAGAGAUAAGGAAGAACGAACGACUCGCUCUAACUUUCUGGGAAGUCAUUUAUCCUUGAACUUAUAAAAACUGUGGGACUUUCGAAAGACAUGCAGGGUAGUUAGAAUAUCACUGAACGGCACUUUCCCCGUUUUCCCAAACAUCUUGCCUCGUGACUUAUGCUUUAGAGUUUUUUCCGAAAAACUUUCAAGCGGCCACAGGUUUCGCGUGGAAACCCGUAAGACUUGAUAACUUCCGUCUACGGAUGUCUGUGGGUCGAUUUUAAAAAAUGGGAUUCCAAAUGUAACUUUCCUGUCCCCCAACACAUAUGUCACACACGAACUCUUCCCACAUCACCCACCCUAGGUGCGGAAUAGGCACCUCUCACGUAAUUGAGAGCGUGUUAUUCGGAUCCUCCAUGUGACCUCUAUACUUGUACUUGAUAGAGCUGCGAUCAUGCCUGAUCUAGCCGGUCUCGAUGAUGUCACGAACUGUGCCUCUCCACGUGUGACGAUCCGCGGCAGCAGAUCUGGACAGAUCAACCCAUUCCCUUCGCCAAUGACGGAGACCGAGUACCGAAGGUCCAAGAACCACCUCCAGUUCUUGACAAACUGUGUCGAUCCAGGUUUUGAACUGACCCCUCUUCGACGCAUCCAAUGGGGCAACGGUCCCGGACCGAGGGCAGUAACACUGAGCUCCUGA